UUCGCAGGUAACUACAGCGUGCACCGGGGUUUUUUCUUCUCCUUGUGUCAGUCCAUUCUCCUAUUGACCAAGCACAAAAGUCUGCCGACUCAAAGCCACGGCUCCUUGAUUCUUUCUUGUGCUUUCGACUUUCCUCCAUUGUUGGCCAAGCGAUCGAGUCUUUACUCGAGUACGGAUUUCCCAGCUUCUGGUGCACCUCAAGGUGCCAUUCUUUCCCAAAAGUUCCAAAACACAACGCCCCGUCUCGUCGAUUUUCGUCCUCCCAACGCACUUUUGUGUCAAGUCGCUGUCUCAUCGACAACUUGACCACUCGGACUUUCGUCGCAAUUUCGCCCGUCGCACGAUAGUUUGCACCACAGCCUGCUGCCCGCCCGCCUUCCUCAUCUCGCUUGUCACCGGGCUUUGUACUAUAGCGUUCACUCGCCCGCUCGUGGCCGUGCUGUCCUCUAGCAUGUCUCGGCAUUUUACUCAAUCAGACACACAACCAAGCCAAGCAGAUCGUCAAUCAGACACGCAACCCAUCACCAACGACAACGCCAGUCGAAAUCAGAUGUUUGCAACCUCCUUCCCUGCUACGUUCGACUUUGCGUCAGAGUUCAACGUGUGGUCCGAGACAUGUCGCUCAGGCGGCGGCAAGUACCGCUCUGUUGGUGACAAUCCAUCGUACCAACUCGCACAACACAUUGCAACACUGUUCGGUGAAACACUCCCGUCGAGCGCCGACUCCCAGCUGCCAAGCUGGAAAGUGUUUGCUACUCAGUUGCUACUCUUGCCUGUACUGGGACUCUAUAUUGCGCAGCUGGAUUCGAAUAUUAUCCUUAUUACUAGUGUGGCAAUAGCCUUGUUGUUUGCUGUCUCUCUUUUCCUGGCGCUGCUGCGCUUCCCAAUUGCAAGCGUUCGAUGCUCGGCAUUCGGUGUUCUGUUUUUGUGUCAUUGGAGCGUUCUGGCUCUUGCCCGUCAAUCUAACUUCCUGGGAUUGAUGCUCUUCUGGCCUCUCGUCCAGCUGUUCUUCGUGGAGUCGAGGCGAAAGCUCUUGCAGAUUGCUGCAUUGAGCUAUUCAUUACUGCUGGCCGAGUUGGUUGUCACCAUGCCUAGCGUAAGUUUCGCGUCAAGGUACAUGGCGGCGCUGGAACCGCUCUUUCUGGCCGCAUCAGCGCUAUUACUGUUUUCAAGUUCCCCAAAGAGUGACCAGAGUCGCACGCAUGCGCCUCGUUUGCCGAUAGAUGCCAUGCAACAGCACCAAAUCCUUGAGGCGAUUCUACAAUCGAGUGGAGAUGCUCUGGCCGUGUUCAACGCCACUAGCGAUGUUCUCUGCUCGAGCACCAAGUUCCAGCAGCUGGUGGGCAGCGCCUCCCACCCUGGUGCGCUAAUCAGCGACAGUGUGAACGCCGCAACUACGGAUGGCCAGGAGGCCCCGAUCUUUCCAAGCCCCCUCGAUCUGCUCGAGCCUGAAAGUCACAGGCAGGUUCAGCGGGCCAUCACGAGCAUGUUUGAAGCUGGCUCCGACUACAACACGGCCGACCUCGAUCUGUGCAAGGUGAAAAGCGAGGAGGCGCUUCCCUUGCAUGUGCGCAGCACGCUCUUGCCGCCCCUCAAAGCCGGCUCCUCGGGCUUGAUGCUGGCCAUGUUUGACGAUCUAGCUCCCAAAAACCGACUCGAGUCUGCCUUGCUUGAGGCGCACCGAUCCAAGCACGCCAACGAGUCCAAGAGCCGCUUUCUCGCCAACAUGAGUCACGAGAUUCGCGUUUGGCUCUCUGGCAUUCUUGGCAUGAUACACCUGCUGGAGGGCACACAAUUGACAGAAGAGCAGCACGAGUUCCUUGGCACGAUCAAAAUGUCGGCACAAAUAUUGCUGACCGUCAUCAACGACAUUCUGGACUUUUCCAAGAUCGAAGCAGGCCAGCUCACGAUCGAGCGCGUCGAAUUUGACAUCUUCAACACGAUCGAGAUGGUGGUCGAGCUCUUGUACCCAAGUGCCGGCAACAAGAAUCUGCUGUUGCAGUGCUUUAUCGAUCCUCGCAUCCCGACCAAGGUCCUUGGCGAUCCUAGUCGUCUCCAGCAAAUCCUGGUCAAUCUUCUUUCCAACGCCAUCAAAUUCACCAAGAAGGGCCGUGUAUUCCUCAAGUGUACUCUCGAGAAUGAAACAUUGGAAAAUGCCACCGUCUUGUUUGAGGUACACGACACUGGUAUCGGGCUGACGCCCGACACAUUGGCACGACUGUUCCGCCGGUUUUCUCAAGAGGACGCCUCGACGACGCGCAAGUUUGGAGGAACUGGCCUUGGGCUUGUCAUCUCAAAGUCGCUGGUCGAGUUGAUGGGCGGCAGCAUUGGCGCCGACAGCGUCAGUGGCAAAGGCAGUCGCUUUUGGUUCCGUCUGCCGGUCGGUGUCGUGGCCGAGCAAGCAGAUACCGAUGAUUCGAAUGCCGAUGUCAAUGCUGGCUUCUUCCGCCAGACCUCUCCCCUCGACGAUGCGUCCUCGCACUCCAAGUCCUCAGACUCGACAAGUGGCACAAUGUCCUUGCCGCACAGCCUUCAUUCGUCGCAAGGCGAUCUGAUCGCAAGUGUGGAAGCGGAGCAACCUGAAUCAUCGCUCAACGAGUCUGGAACGCUCCCCCAGGUGCCAGCAGCACCCAUGCUUGCUCCCGCGAGUACACCUCCUCGCUCCCGAUCAGCGUCGCGAAGCAGAUGCGCCAUCUCGCCAAUUCCCGGCCGCACUCCCCCGCGGGUCAUUGUCGUGUCGAGCGCCGAGUACAUUCGAGAUAUUCUUGUGCGCUACUUGGAUGCCUGGCAUCUUGAUCAUGCCGAAUGCAGUACGCUGGGUGAGUGCGACAAGCUCAUUCGCAGCUGUUUGCAACAACAAGACACGGGCCCCUCCAAUGCUUUUGUCUCGGCAGACUUUGCGCCCUCAGCUCGCCAAACUCUGAUUGGCAGCGACAACGCGACCGGGGUGCUCUCGUCUCGCGAACGCUCGCUGCUCGCAGAGACGAUGAACGAGCACGACAAGUACUUUGAUCUGGUGGACGCUUCGGUUGAGCACCAUUUCGUGAAGCAGCCAUCGCGCCAAUCCGAUGCGUCCCACCCCCAUGCACCACCAUCUCGCCCAGCCCCGGGUCCCGCUGCGGACCCGGGUGCAAGUCAUGGUCACAUCAUUGUCAUUCUGGACUGUCGCGUCGGUAUGUCCACAUUGGUGCAGACGCUCGGGGAGCGAUAUGUUCGUCUCCGCAAAACUUCCAAAUCAGAGCAGGAGGCCACUCUCAAGAGUGACUCUGAGGCGUCGAUGCCACUCACGUCAGGAAGCGACGUUUCACUUGACACUGCUGUGGCCAAGCCCAUUCGGCCUUCGCAUUCCUCUACCUCGUCGCUAUCCGAUGAAGCUGAAGGCGGUGAUCAAGAUCAUGUCCCCUCCAUUGAGCGCUCCCCUGGACACUCCCAGAACCGCUACGACGACCUCUUGGAGCCUCAUGACGACUCGCUGUGGGCGUUCCUGGCGCAUCCCAACGUUUUUCCCUUGUUCCUGUUCUCGUCUGAGCACCCAGUGCCGCCCCUCCCCCUGUAUAGUUCCAACCACCGGUCGUUGGUGGGUCCGUUGCGUCAGUCGAGCAUUUUCAAUGCCAUCAAUGGGUUUGCCAUGCAGGACUGCGCGCUUUGUGCGCCAAGGCCAUCACACUCCAACUCGGCCCCCCUUGACGCGUCUGCGUCCUUGUCUUCGUUAGAUCCGGACUCCCGCGCUUUGCGAAAGGUUUACCGUUGUGGUUCCAUGCUGAAUUCCGGUUUGGCGCAUGUUUCCGCUCCAACCAGCACGGCGGCGGUCAAAGCCGCACCAUUCCCGAGCUCCCCGCACUCACCAUUAGCCGUGCCCGCGUCCGUUGUUCCUUCCUUCAUUUCUGCUGCCGCUGAUGCGUCGAACGCCACAACGCUCACCACAUCGGCGCAGCUUGAACAGCGAAAGCACGACCGUCGCCACCGCCGACACCCGAAACGUGAUGAGCAUGCUGAGGCGAUCGCCGAAAGUCGCGACUCGAGCAAGUUGUUGGCAGAUGAGACUACUCCAGGCUCAUUGGAGACCCCGCCCUCUUCAGCCGAUCUCGGCGUCCACGAACACAGGCGUCGCCACUCGGUAAACGACAAUUUUGCUCGCUCCGAGUCCGCGGCUGGCGAUGCUCAAGAAGCAACAAGGGUGGAUGCUGACGUUGGGUCUGCGCCGCCUGCUCCCUUGCCAUCCCCUCCAGCCGUGCAUCUGGGCCCGACUGCUUCGUUCACGCCGACUGACGUGGCCACUGAUCUUGGCAGCCCGCGAUCGAUCGCCGGUUCUAUGGGUUCGGCUCCGAUCGCCAACAAGACGAAAAUCUUGCUGGUCGAGGACAAUUACGUCAACCAGAAGGUCAUGUCCACUAUUCUGGCCAAGGCGGGCUUCCACGUUGAUGUUGCCAACCACGGCAAGGAGGCGCUGGCCAUGCUCACCAAGUCGCGCGAGCAUCUGCUCCGCCACUCUUCCGACUCUGCAUCGGCUCUGCCAGCUAAGUGGACGGACUAUGCCGUCGUGUUGAUGGAUUGCCAAAUGCCCAUCAUGGGCGGCUAUGAGGCGACGCAACACAUCCGCGCGAUGGAGCAGUCGCUUAUCGCGACCAGCGCUGGAACGCCACUACUACGUUUGCCCGUGAUUGCCAUGACUGCAGAGGCCAUGGAAGACAAUCGCGCAACUUGCCUUGCGUCAGGCAUGUCCGAUUACAUGUCCAAGCCAGUGAGUCAAGCUACUCUCUGGCGCAAGCUGCAAUUCUGGAUUUCUUCCACCGAGGCCAUCGUGAAUGAAGCCGCCCCAUCUGUUUCCAGCCUGUCGGUACCACAGCAGAACAUCCACCACUUUGAUGCUUCUGCUUCUUCUCGACCGUCUUCGCCAUCGCACAUUGCGCGUCCGUCCUCCCCCUCGCACCGACCGCGCCAACAAUGACGAGCGGAGGCCGGGGGGUUUUUUGUUUUUUCCAAUUGUUUCUAUGUCCUUCGUAGAAUUCGCCCCCAACCCUUCUUAUUUUAAUUCACAAACUUGUAAUAACUGUCCGUUUGCUGUAAAAUACAACACAUCGAAUCAUCAGA